GCCUGGCCUUCCGGGGAGAACCGGAGCCGACUGGACUCGUCCUUGCUGUUGGGAACAAUCCGAACAAACAAAGCUUCCGCCUGGGAAGCACACAGCAGAAAGGGUCCAGGAGCUUGGAGGGCCGCUUCAGACAUGGUGUUGCGUUAUACUUACGUCCUGAGGGAGUCGCGUGAAGGUCAGGGAGCAACUUGGAAGAAUUGGUUCUCGCCUUCCGUCAUGUGGGUCUUGGGGAUCGAACUUGUGUUCUCGGGGUCGGCAGCAAGCACCUUUGCCUGUUGAGCUAUCUCUUUAGCCCUUGGAGAGAGAUUUCUUUUUUUUUUUUUUUCCUCUUGCUGUGUUUAAUAUGAAACAGGAGAAUAGACAAAUAAACUAGUCUAUAAAACAGCAGGGAUUAUGCUUAAAUCAGAACACUCUGCUCCAAGCUUUUCAGCUAAUUGUAGGACUCCUCCAGACACCUACAUGGCCGUAGCAACUUGAAUUCAGCCCAGGAAAACACUGGAAGCCAAGAAGUAUUAAAAUGAAUUUUAAUGUCUGGAAUAUCAAAGAGAUGCUCAGUAUUCCCUCAGGCUCUGGGAUCACUAAACCAUCUAACUGGAAUAGUAACCAGACUGAUGGUUCUUCUCUCAGUGAUUCCCAGUUCCUCUUUGGAUCUCAGUUUUGUCCAGAAAAUUCAGAGAUUCUGUCCACAUCCUUGGAUGUUGGUGCCUACUCAAGACAUCCAAAACAGACACAACAGAAUUCUGUAGAUAAUGAACCUAGUAUUUUCACGAAAUACCAGACAAAGCCCCAGUUGUUUGGAGGCGAUACAAAGGAUGAAGGCUUGUUUUCUCUUCCUUUGCCAGUUGGAAAAUCAAAAGGACUCUUGAAACAGUUUGAGGAAAAAAAACAAAGGACAACGGACAAAUGUGACAGUGAGAUGCUGUACAACUUUGUUUCUCAUUUUCAAGAAGUCAUUCACAAGCUGCAGACAUCUGUGGAAAAGUCUGAGGAACAUCUCAGUUCAAGAAGCCAGUCUAUUUUGGAUUCUUUGGAGACUAUAGCCAAGACAAUUCAAGAGACUGCACAGGUCCAGCGUGACUUGAUGUUUGAGGCAGUACGAGACAAAGGCAAUAUGGAACAGGCCAUCCUUGAGAUACAGAAGAGAUUUGAAACUAAACAAGCUGAGUUUAUGGAGAUGAAAUCCAACCUGAAGAACCUUGAAGUUUUAGUUGCCCAGCAGAAUAAGGACUUCCAGCAGCUUUGUGAGAAGCUGGGCCAGUUCAGUGUGCCUGGUGUUGUAGAAGAGCUGAAAAAACUCAUCUCUGCACCUCAGGUAGCUGGGCGUCUGAAAGACAGCACCUCCCAGACCUCACCAGCUCAGGCCCAGAGCCUUCAUUUUACCAGGCAGGAAAAAUACACCUCUGAGGAGCCAGCUGCUCAGCAGGCCCAGGUGUCUCCUACAGGGAAUCCCAGUAGGAGUUCUAGGAGUUCCCAGAGGCCUAGGGAGUUUGGCAUCUUGGAUGAAGGAGCAGAGAGUGAUGUUUUUCAAAAGGCUACAUUGCCAACAGAUGGGCCCCAUAGAGGAAAUGAGCAUUUGAAGAACAAGACCAUGCAGACUUACUGCAAGAACUGGGUUAUCACCACCAGAAGCCUCAGUAACCACUGCUCUAGCCUCCCAAGCCAGAAGGCUGGCAGUGACCAGGAACUAACUGCCCAAGAAGCCUCACAGCUGGACUUAAAUAAGUUUGAAUCCAGAGUGAAGAAUGUCUGCCCCAAAUAUGAAGCCCAAAGCAUGUGUUCUGACUCGUUUGAGCAGUCAGCAACUGAACAGAAAGGCAGAACCCGAGGAAAAGGGAGGAAAGGCAAGAAGCAGCAACCCAGGAAAUCACAGAGAGGCAGGCUUCUAUCUAGGAAGCGAGAACAAACCCCAAGGAAGGCCUGUGCUUUCAUCGCUAAGCAUGCAAGUCCCCAGUCUCCAGUUUCUAGCCCACAGGGGCCCCUCAUCAGUUGGCGGGCUCCAAGAAGCUCCACAAAGUCAGCCCGUCAUAUUCUGGGAGGAAGAGUAAGGACCAGUAAGACAACAAGGGAAGCACAUGGGGGAAUCCUGCAGUCUACCCAGCGCUCCUCCCCAGACCAGGAGUGCUUAUCCAGCAGUUCCCAGGGGGAUCAGCAGAUAAAUUGGUUCAGUGACCUCAGCCUUGAAAACCCAGAGCCUCAUCUCUGUAAGAAGGGAGGGAAGAAUUUGCUCUGCGAUCCUGAUUUUGACAGCAGUGAUGAUAACUUCUAAAGCUGCCAACAGUGACUUCAGCUGGUGGUUCGUUGAUCUCAGAAAGACAAACAUUUGGACUGGGCAGUAGCAUACAGUAUCUGAAGCUGGCUUAUCCAGCCUCAGAGUCAGAGGCCCUGGCUGAUGGUGGUCAGUAGGAGGUGGGUGAGAACCCAGUAUUAUGGGCACUCAUGACAAGGGCAUAGAAGUAAGUACAUCCUCAGUUAAGAGGAAGAAAUGUAUGGAGAUAGUGAUAAACUGACAAGCUCUGUUAGCUAUGGUGAGGCAUCAGGAAGGCAGUUGUGUGUAUCUGGUAAAAGGAAGGGGCAUAGCUUCCUUAUGAAUACAAUCUAGAAGAACUCUCAGAAUUCUCGUGGCUGCAUGACUAGCUCUUGAAACAGUCCCUACACCUGAUGGAUAACUUUCUGAACCUCAGAAUUUUAUUAUUAUUUUUCAAUCUAGUUAUACUGUCAAAGAGUUUUGUCUUUUGCAUGAGAGGACAUGUUACAGGACACACUAUUAGACAGGAGUUCAUUGUGUAGGCUUGCUGGCCUUGUAUUUACAAUCCUCCUGCCUCAGCCUCCAGUGCAGGUACUACAAGCAUGUCUCAAUUCUCAGCUGUAAAUCAGUCUACUUAAGAACAGAGUGUUAGCUGGGCAGUGGUGGAGCACUUUAAUCUCAGCACUUGGGAGGCAGAGGCAGGUGGAUCUCUUUGAGUUCGAGGCCAGCCUUAUCUGGUCUACAGUGCUAGUUCCAGGACAGCCAAGGCUACACAGGGAAACCCCAUCUUGAUAAAACCAAAACCAAAUGAAAAAAAAAAAAAAAAAAAGGAGAUGCCUGUGAGAGUUGGACAUGGUGGUUUAUAACUGCAAUCCCAACAUUCAGGAAGCAGAGACCAGAAUUGCUUCAGAUUUGAGGCUAGCCUGGUUUACAUAGGGUGUUCUAGACCUAUUAUGGCUACAUUAUGAGAUCCAGGGGUGGGGGGUGGGGGUGGGGGACUGGCUUUGAGAGGUGAUAUAGACCAAACUUCAUAGCACUGGGACUCCUAAGCCAAGUGAGUGUAUUAUUUUUUUCCCUGGCUGUUUUUCUCCAUUCAGUUUUUCAAUUACUUUUGUUGUUAUUUGUUACUAAGUCACACAUAACCCAUACUGGCUAGCCUCAAACUCAUUAUUGUAACCAAAGGUGACCUUGAACUACUUCUGAUCCUCUUGCCUCUACACCUGGCUUCAAUCACUUUUUUUUUUCCUUCCUAGGGUUCAAACCUAGGACCUUGUGCAUUGUACGGAAGUAUUCUACCACCAAACUAUAGCCCUUCAAUCACUCUUUUGAACUAACUGGUCUUUGUUUAAAAAUGACAUAAUAAUAUCUAAUACCUAGUAUGCUAAUUAAAAAUAAAUCGAGCCUGAAAGAUGGCUUGGCAGUUAAAAGUAUAUACUCUUGCCAAGGAGCAGAGUUCUGUGUCCAGUACCUACAAAAGGCAGCUCACAACUGCCUGACUCCAACUCCAGGUCAUCUGAUGCCCUCUUCUGUCUUCCUUGGGCACCUACACACACACACACACACACACACACACACACACACACACACACACAUACACACAUACACACACACACCUACACCUGUUGCUUACACACAAAGACAUACACACAUACACAUUACGAAGAAUAAAUCUUUCUUGAGAUUUGUCAGGCUAUCCUAUAACUCAAAGAGAUCUGCCUACCUCUGCCCCUAGAGUGAUGGGAUUAAAAGUGUACACCACCAAGCCUGGCAAAAUUAAACUUUUUAGAAAAAUAAUUCAAAAAGCAUCUCAGGGUCCCAAAUUUCCCACAGAGUUCUAAAUAAAAUGCAAAAACAAGACCAAAAUAAUCAAAACUAAUAUAUUUGUAGAACUUCCUAUAUUGUUAGAAAGCAGUAGACUUUUUUUUUUUUUUUUUAAUUUCAAGACAGGGUUUCUCUGUGUAGCCUUGUGUCCUGGAACUUGCUCUGUAGACCAGGCUAGCCUCAAAUUUAUAGUGAUCUGCCUGCCCCUACCUCCCAAGUGCUGAGAUUAAUGGUGUGGGCACCGACCCCUGGCCAAGCAAUAGGCUUUUAUAUUAGACUUUGACAUUCCAUUUAUAUCUUGUUGAUAGUUUUUGUUAUUUUUGUUUUUGAAGACACUGAUUACAUGGAAUUCAUUAUAAAGUCCAGACUAGGCUCAAACUCAUGGCAAUUCCCUUUCUUCAGCCUCUCAAAUACUGGAGUUGUGGGCAUAAAACACUAUGACUGACUUUGAAAUUUUUCAAUUUUUGCAACACAUACAUAUUUCUUUGUAAUUAAAAAAAACCACUAAAACCAAAAAUGGGCUGGAAGAUGGUUCAGCAAUUAAAUCACUUGCCAUACAAAAGUUCAGAUCCUAGAAAUCCACAUAAAAAUGCUGUGUAGGUGAGUCAGCCCAUCUGUAAUUCCAGCCUUGGAAGGUGGAGACAGAACAAGCUGGCUAACAAAACUAGCUGUGUCUGUGAGUUCUGUUUAAGAGAUCCUACCUCAAUAAAUAGGUGAUUGAUUGAGGAUGACUCCUAAAAUCAACUUCAGCUUCCACAUGCAUGUACACCCACACCCACAUGUGCCCACACACCACACAUGCAUGUGCACCCACACCCCACAUGUGCAAAGUGGAAAAAGAAAAACAACAAACAACAACUAAACCUCUGGGUGUGGUGGCACAUGAUUGUAAUUCAGGGGGGUUGGGACAAUAGGACCCAGGUUCAAUGCCAGCCCAGGCUACACAGUGAUACUGCAUCUCACAAGAGAGAGGGGGCAGGGGGAGAGGAAGAAAGGGAGGAGAAGAGAAGGGAAGGGAGGAAGGAACAGAAAAGGGGUAGUGAAGGAAGUCAGUUGGGGAGAAGCUUCAUGGAAUGAGUGGUUUCCUGGAAUUGCCCGUUUCUAAGCCAGUUUCCAGCCCCCGGAGACUAAACUGUUACAGAAAGAAGUGACUUUCUUUUAGGAGUGUGUUCCCAUAUAAUUCUGUAGGACUUGAAUCUACCUAUGAUACCAUUGGCAGAGUGCCAGACCGUUCUCUUAUUUCCAGACCAAGGGCCUUUGUAGCCUGGACCUCCCACAUAUGUGGACAAUCACAGCCGUCUUCUCUUAGGCCAACGUAGUUCCAGCCUGGAUUCUGCCUCAGGCUGUGCUGGCCUCUUCUUCCUGUGGACCAUAUAGGCUGGCUGUUUACUCUCCCUCUGCAGCCUCCAUCGCAGCCCCUGCUGGGCUCCAUUGCCUGUGCACAGAGAGGUAUGAGAAGCUGCAACCCCACUACCCAAAAGGCUCCUUCCAGCCCUUCCCUGUUACUGUUGCUCACUAAGCCAUCGGAAGGAAGCUUCGAGACCAAAGGACCUUAUUUCUGGUGAACAAUGCAGUAGUUGUUAUACUUUAUUUUUAUCUUUGUUGAUGUUUGUUGUUUUAAUAUUUUUAUUCAAAGUUGAGAUCCUGUGAAUUUACAGUGUUUUUCAAUUAGUGUUAAUGACUGAGCCCUUUUUGAACCAUGUAACUGUAAAAUGCCAGAGAUGCCCUA